UACAGUUACGCAGCCAGAUUGCUGUCUAUCUCGCAGUCUUUUCUAUCAGCAUUGAACAAUUUGUCACAGCCUUACACCGUACGACAAAUACACAGCAACUUCCUACAGUAUAUAUGCGGCCCAACGCCCGUCUGCGUCGCAUUCGACAACAUCACCAUUACUCGCAGCGCCACAUCAUGAUCUAGCAGCCAAGCUGUGGUAACAAGACCAGCGAUUGCGACAGCCGGCGACGCCGAAACCAACGACCUUCCACCCACUCGCUCGCGACCUUUGCAAUGGAGGAGCCGGCAAAGGACCAGACGAACCAGUCCAUCGGCUCGGAUCCCGUCGAGGUCGGCGUCCCCCAGUCGCUGGCCCGGGCUGUCCUGUCUCGGCGCUCCGAAUACCUUCGCCCGUGCGAGAUUCGAGUCAAGGUGGGCACUUGGAACGUGGCGGCAUGCCCUGGGACGGAUAAGGACCUCGCCAGCUGGUUCGCUGAGGAUGUACCGGUCGACAAGGCGCUGGCAGGGCUUGACAUCUCUGGCGAUGAUCGUCCGCGACGCUCGACUGAGUCAGGCAAUGGCGAAGGUCUCGAACCAAGGCCAACGAGCCAAGAGAGAGACAAAGGGUUUGACCUCUACGUGCUGGGACUGCAGGAAGUGGUAGACCUCAACCGGACAGGCGAGUACAUGAGCCGGUUAUACGUCGACAACGGGCCCAUGGACAAGUGGAAGGCGGCGCUGGAGGCAGCAAUUCCCCAGGGGUACCAGCUUGUUGUGGCCGAGCAGAUGACGGGACUCCUGCUUCUGAUCUACGCCUCCCCCACGAUUGCCCCGACAAUAAGCAACGUCUCUACGCAACAGGUUGGGACUGGUCUUCUCGGCUACUUUGGGAACAAGGGCGCCAUAGCCACUCGCCUUGUGCUGGGAGAGACUACGAAGCUCCUGUUUGUCAACUGCCACCUCGCUAGCGGCGUAGGUCAGGCGGCUCUUGACCGGCGUUGCUGGGACGUAGGCCAGAUUUUGUCCAAGGCUCAGUUCGACCCCGUGGUGAUUGGAGGCGUGUCUGAUGACGAAGGGGACAGAAUCGGAGACGAAGACUUUGCCUUCUGGUUCGGAGACAUGAACUUUCGCCUCGAAGGCUUACCAGGAGACGACAUCAGACGGCUGCUGACAUUGCAUGCUCGCGGAGAGUACGACUUGAGCAACGACAAACCGGCGCCCAUUGAAGGAGACGACGGCAUCAUCAUCUCCCGGUCAUCCGAGAGCGACGACGACACAACCACCAUGUCGUCGAUGCACUCCAGAGACCACAGCUUCGAUCAGAGUUUCGACUCGGCGAGCUCCCUACCAGAUCCCGACGACUUCCCGGAAGACCCAAGCCAAGAUCCAGCCUCUCUACAAGCGACCAUCGACUCGCUUCUACCACACGAUCAGCUGAGACGAGUGAUUGCAAAGCAGAAGCUGUUCCAUGACGGCUGGAGGGAGGGACCCAUAACAUUUUUGCCAACAUUCAAGUACGACAUCGGUACGUUUGGCUUAUUCGAUACGAGCGAGAAGCAGAGGGCGCCUAGCUGGUGCGAUCGGGUCCUCUACAGAACGCGCAAGGACAAGGAGGCGCACGACAAGAAGCUGGAGGAGCUGAGGGAGGCCAAGCUCAAGGACGAGGAGAUGAGGGCGCGCGGGCUUGAGGAGGACGAGGAUGUGCUCUUUAGCUACGACCCCGACACCGACGGAGAGGAGCAGCCGCCGAAACCAGCAUACACCGAGGCGUAUGACGAGUAUGACGAAUACGACGAUAACGACGCUGGGCCAGCGGACGAUGCUCCGGAGCAAGCCACUCUUGAAUUCUACAGCUCUCAGCAGCGCAUCACAUCGUCAGACCACAAACCCGUCCUCUCCACGUUCACUCUGCGUUACGACGCCGUCGACCCGGAAAAGAAGGCUCGCAUUCACUCAGAAAUCGCAUUCGAGCUGGAUCGAGCCGAGAACGAGGGCCGGCCCGGCGUCACGCUGAUCAUCGAGGGCGGCCACGGCGCGACGGAUGGAGUGGUUGACUUUGGUGAAGUGGGCUUCUACGAGACACACUCGUGCUCCAUCACCAUUGCCAACACCAGCAGCGCUGCUGCCAGCUUCGAGUUUCUCCACGAGACCCAGACCAGCGAGGACGACCAAGGCGCAGCAAAGUGGCUCAAGACGUCGUUCCACCGGCCUGACGAAGACGGCACGAAGAGCAAGCUCGGCUCAUCGGUGACGCUGGAGCCUGGCGAGACCAUUCUGGCCAUUGUCGAGGCGCGAGUGUCAGAAAUUUCGCAUGUCCGCGCGCUGAAUGACGCCAGUUCCAAGCUGGACGACGUGCUGGUGCUGCGUGUUGAAGGCGGCAAGGACCAUUUUGUUCCCGUCCGCGGCACCUGGCUCCCUAGCUGCUUUGGCCGGUCGAUUGACGAGCUCAUCCGAGUGCCGGAGUGCGGAAUUCGCAAGUUUAUCAAAGCCAAGAAUAUUCAGGGGGCCAUCACGUACGACUGGGACGUGCACUGUUCUGCGCCGCGAGAGCUCUUCAAGCUCACCGAGGUCGUUCAGACCAUGGCCGAACGAUGCGUAGCCGACGAGGCAAUGCUCGAAGACAUGACUCUGCCGCGAGACCCCGGCUGGCCGCUGGACGCCGCGACGUGGACCGUGGAAGCGGGCAGGCGGGACGAGCUCAAGGCAGCGCUCAUAACAGCGCUGGACACAAACGCGCCACUGGCGGAUGCCCUGCCCGUGGAGCUCUUGUCUACGCACAAGCUGGAGAUGUACUCUUCCGUCUUACUCCUCUUCCUCUCGUCUCUCAUUGACGGACUCGUUCCGCCGCAUCUCUGGGCUAAGCUCUCCAUCGAGUUACCGAAUCUCAACACGUUACCGGUGACGUCGUGGCCCGACGUGAAGAAUCACAUACUCGACCUGCUUGCAAUGUCUCCGAGCCACAACAUUGCCUUUGUGUUUUUGACGGCCACCCUCUCGCGCGUGGCUGCCGAGUUGAGCCCUGCAACUGCGCCGGGGCCGACACCAGGCGCGUUGACCCGACGGCUCAGCUUCCGCCCCGGCGAGACUGAACCGGUUAGGAAGAGGAGGGCCAGAGAGAGGCGGUAUGCCGAGAUUGUGAGCCCGCUGCUGUUCCGAUCUAGCGACGAUAAGGACAAGGCGAAGAAGGACCGGCAGCGGAUCGUGCUGGAGAUGUUUCUCAGGAAGGACGAUCGAAGCUAG